AUGGCUCCUCCACGAAGCCGUCAUACCAAAUCCUCAAGCGUCACUUCCAGCAGCAGCGCAGCCGACGUCGCAAACGGUAUCGCAGCAACUCCAGGCUCGAAGGCCGUCCCUUCUGACACCAUCAAGGUGACGCGCCCACGUCGUUCUUCGCGUUCAACCUUGUCGCCUGCCGGUUCUCCAGUCGUGGUCAUCCCGAGGCCGCCGUCGCGGAUGGAACUUCCGAGUACCACAAAGUCCACGGUCGCGCAGGCUAAAGGAUUUGAGCCGCUGAAGUUGGCAGCCACUGUGGUAUUGAGCACGCUCUUGGAGGCAGGGUUGCAGACUGCGGCGUCAAUGGUCGGCGUGGGUGACCUUGGAGGAGUCUCGAGGCGGCCGGAUACGUGGACUGAGGUGCUGGGAUUGCUGGGGUGGAAAUUGACCAAGUUGGGCAUAUACUGGGUUGGCGAUUAUGAUGCGUACGACGUCGCCUCCCUUUCCCUGCUUCUCGACACCCCGCCCGCCCUGAUGCUGGGCCUCUUUUACCAGAUAUCUCCCAUCACACUGACGUCGACAACUUUCUCCUCGAUGAUCGCCAACUCUCUUCCGUAUUAUUUCCUCCGUCCCUUGUCUCCCUCUCACCACCCUGACAGCGCGUCGAAAUCCAGUCUCCGAAACCGUCCCAUUCUGACCGACCCGUACACCACCAUUGCGACAUCUCUCCUCGCAGCAGCCAUCUUCGCUGUCCUCCUGGAAGCAAGUUUCGCAACUUUCCUGCCAACCUGGCUCAUUGUAUACUUCACGGGUCUGAGGACGCUAGAACCCGCACACCUGGGUCCCGCUGGUCUCCCUACCCUCCUUCUCGCCCUGAUCCCAGCGGGCUGGGCGUGCAUGGAAUUCCUCUUUGCGCCGUCAACAGCGGUCGCGGGGGUUCCUGCCUCUGCAACCACGGUUGCGAUCAAGGCCCCAGCGUUUGAUCCCGCCACAGCGACUUUCAGGGAACACGUUUACCACAACGCGUGGGGAUGGUACUCGGCACGCCAGAAAGAACUGAUCGGCCGCACGGCGUUGUUGACCGGGUUGAUGUUUGCGGAGACCGUGCUAACGCUUUGGGGCACGGUAGAGGGAGUAGAAGUCGAAGGGGCCCUGGGCUAUGCUGGCGUGUGGGCUUUGGGAUGUGUGGUCACAGGGGCGGUCUUGGACUGGGUUGGAGGACCAAGUGAUUGA